AUGGCGUGGAACACUUGUGAAGGGGCACGAGGAACAUCACAAUUACUUCCGUUAAAGUCAAAACAAUCUCAUCAUUAUAUACCAUGUUGGGCUGUUAAGAAACCACCACGUGAGGUUUGGGAAUACGAGGGAACGGGUAAAUGCCAGAGGCUUAGAAAACGCCUUAUCUAUCCUGCUCCAUCGCCAGACUAUGAACCAGAUAUUCCAGGUUUUGAUUGCACCACUGAGUGGAAGACUGCAAAGCCAAUUUGUACCGGGCUUUUCUGGGUGCUGGGAAAGUACUAUGAUGAAACAUGGUUUCCUACGGUGAUUCGAGAAUGGAGUUUAUUGUAUUAUCAAUGUAAUCAUCAUGACGAUUAUUGGCAGUAUAAAAAUGAAUGGCUGGAAGGUGAUGAGGAAGUAAGGAUUACGAUUUGGGCAGAAAUUCUUCGUCAUAGAUCAGCCUUUGAUAAAAAACGUGAAGAGCGCAAGGAACAACUGAAAACUUGCGGAAAAAGUGAUCCAGACUUAACAGAAUUAGAUGGUGAUGAAGAAAAAGUUAUUAAUAUGUGUGAAUUAAUUGAUGAGGCCAACGAGGUAAUUAAUGUGAAAAGAAAGUUAGUUGAUUCUUCAAAUUGUAACUAUGAAGAUGAGAAUGCUGCAGUCGAGAGAUGUAGGUUACAAAAGGAAAUGGAAGAAAUAGCGAUGGCUGAUCCUGAUGAGGAACCAGAUUGGGUAGAAAUGCGGCGAAGAAUGCGUGGCUCUUUCGCUGCACUCAAUCUUGCACGACAUGAAAUUGACUAUGAAAUGCUAGAUCAUAUCAUGAUCGAAUUAUGUAAGUACUGGGCAAAAGCACCUCCUAUCGAAUACGAAAUUGACCCGUUAUUAGAGCGAAAUAUUACGCGGGAGAUACAAAACUUUAGAAAAAAAAUAUUUGGUAUCAUAGAACUAGACGAACCAGAAAAAUUUCAAUGUGCCCCUUCACCAGUUACCUCGUCUGUUAAUUGUCAACGUCAACAGAGCACAUGUCCAUCAUCUGCUUUAAAUGAAAUUGCAAGAGCCCGAAGACACCCUAAAAAUAAACAAGAUCAACCAUACUGUCGGAAAAAAUGA